UCCGGCAAUCACGGAGCGAGCCGGAGCUUCCCACUUGCGGUUCCGUUUGCCACCGAGCCGCGGCUGCCGGAGAGGCGGCGGGAGCAGCCGCACCAGACUCUCUCAGACACACUAGGGGACCAGACAACUGCGGAAUUCACCCGCCGUGAUAGGGCACUUCCGAGGCAACAACCGACUGGCACUUUGGCUCCCCUUGGCAAAGUGAUUUUUUUGUUUUUCUUUUUUUUUUUUUUUUUUUGGCAGCUGCCUCAGACUCCACCUCCGCCGCCACCCCCGCCCCAAAGCCUUUUGCUUUUCUUCGGAAAUCCGGACACGAAUUGGGCAUCUUUGUUAAUUGUCGUUGGGGGAGCCGGACCGUGCGCUUUCGCCCGGCCCCCGUCGCCGGCGCUCGGAGCCUCGUUGGCUCACCUUUGAACUGCAAAGGCAUCAAGUUCAGCUAGACUUGCCUGCGUUGGAACUGCGAGGAAGGCGAGCGAGCGUGCAGGAGAGCGAGGGAGAGAGGGGGGAAUAAGAGGAAAGGAGCGGAGGGAGGAGAGAGAGAGGGAGGGAGGAGAGAGAGGGAGGGAGGGAGGAGGGAGGGGAGGGAUCCGGAGAGAGCGGGGAGAGAGAGAGGCUGCAAUCUCCUCCCUGAAUCGCGCACGGCGCUGCAGAUCCUACCGCUCCGACACGCGGGCCGAAUGCAGGUGAGGCAAGGAGCGGACUCUGCGGCUGCGAACCCAAACUUGGGCAACCGUGCGGUGCGCACGGCUCAGCCUUCCUCGGCCCCACGGGCGAAGGGCUGCUGCAGUUCAGGCGGCGGCUUCGUGACUAAUGACCUUGCGCAGAGUUGUUAAGGAAAAAGAGAGGGAGAGAGAAAGCCGAGUUCUCGGGGCGCGUGAGAAGGACUGACUCUCCGGGCGUCUCAGAAGAUGGCUCGGGCUGCUCUUUGGCGCGCCGGGGGAACCCGGACGCGGACCGCGCUGUGACGCGAGUUGUCUCCACUGCACCGUGCCCAGAGCGACCUGCCGCGGAUUUUUUCAUUCCGGAGCUGCGUGGACUGGCUCCCCCGCCGCCGGAGCGGAGUCGGAGUUGAGACCGGCUUGUUGUUGUCCUCCCACCCCCCCUUCACUCCCCCUCCCACCCCGAGCCUCGUGCGGGAAGCCACUCACGUUUGCCUGGGGCAGCCGGAGCCCGAGCCUUGGCUAGGUCUGGAGUGAGUGACUGGAACGUGCAUUGGACUCAACUCCGGGAGCAGCAAAGACCUGCGGGGCUAGCAGGCGGGGGAGGCUGCAGGCUUGCUCGCUUCCCGCCGCCUCCCGGCUCCACCGCCCUCUCCGGUCGGAGCGGUUGGUAGUCGGUUCCGACUGAGCUGGGACGGGAGACCCCGGCAUCCUCCGGCCGCUGCGGGGAUGACUGUGGGGUGGGUGGGGGAGCCCCGAGCCCGCGGCGCGCAGUGUCCCGUGAACUGUGAGUACUGCGACUGAACGGCGGCCAGCGAGCGGGCGAUUAGCACCCAUUGCAUGAAUUAUGAAACAAUAACUUUCGGAAGAAACAGGAGGAAAAAAAAAAAAGGCUCUGCCAGUGCUGAACCGCCCCUUCCCUCCCACCCUACCCCACCCCCCGCGCCCCGCUACACACCCACCCACCCACCUACCCCGCCGGCCGGCUUCGCACGCUGCUCGCGCCCCCUCCCUGUCUCUCCUUCCUCUCCCGGAGAGGGGCUAGGACCCGGGGAGGACAGGCGGCCGGCCUCGGAGGAGGGGGCGCCCGGGCGCCGUGGUCAGAAGGAGCAGUAACAGCAGCAGCAGGAGAAGACGCUGAGGAUGCGGACGGCGGGAUGGACGCGCGCAGGGUGCCUGGGCUGCUGCUGCCUCUUCCUGCCGCUCUGGCUCAGCCUGGCGGCCGCCAAGCAACUCCUCCGGUACCGGCUGGCGGAGGAGGGCCCCGCGGACGUCCGCAUCGGGAACGUCGCUGCCGACCUGGGCAUCGUGACCGGCUCCGGGGAGGUGACUUUCAGCCUGGAGUCGGGCUCCGAGUACCUGAAGAUCGACAACAUCACGGGCGAGCUGAGCACGAGCGAGCGGCGCAUAGACCGCGAGAAGCUGCCCCAGUGUCAGAUGAUCUUCGACGAGAACGAGUGCUUCCUGGACUUCGAGGUGUCGGUCAUCGGGCCCUCGCAGAGCUGGGUGGACCUGUUUGAGGGUCGGGUCAUCGUGCUGGACAUCAACGACAACACGCCCACCUUCCCUUCGCCCGUGCUCACGCUCACGGUGGAGGAGAACCGGCCGGUGGGCACUCUGUACCUGCUCCCCACCGCCACCGACCGCGACUUCGGUCGCAACGGCAUCGAGCGCUACGAGCUGCUCCAGGAGCCCGGGGGCGGCGAGGCCCGGCGCGCCGUGCCAGCCGACAGCGCCCCCUACCCCGGGGGCGGCGGGAGCGGCGCGGGGGGCGGCGGCCCCGGAGGCUCCAGGCGGCGGCUGGACGCGCCCGAGGCCGGCGGCGGCGCGACGGGCGCUGGCGGCCGCAGCAGCAGCAGCAGCAGCGUGUUCGAGCUGCAGGUGGCGGACACCCCGGACGGCGAGAAGCAGCCGCAGCUGAUCGUGAAGGGGGCGCUGGACCGCGAGCUGCGCGACUCUUACGAGCUGACCCUGCGGGUGCGCGACGGCGGCGACCCGCCGCGGUCUUCCCAGGCCAUCCUGAGGGUGCUCAUCACCGACGUGAACGACAACAGCCCCCGCUUCGAAAAGAGCGUCUACGAGGCCGACCUGGCCGAGAACAGCGCCCCGGGGACCCCCAUCCUGCAGCUGCGCGCCGCGGACCUGGACGUGGGGGUCAACGGGCAGAUCGAGUACGUGUUUGGGGCGGCCACCGAGUCGGUGCGGCGGCUGCUGCGCCUCGACGAGUCGUCGGGCUGGCUCAGCGUCCUGCACCGCAUCGACCGCGAGGAGGUGAACCAGCUGCGCUUCAGCGUCAUGGCGCGCGACCGCGGCCAGCCCCCCAAGACUGACAAGGCCACGGUGGUCCUCAACAUCAAAGACGAGAACGACAACGUGCCGUCCAUUGAGAUUCGCAAGAUCGGGCGCAUCCCGCUCAAGGACGGGGUGGCCAACGUGGCCGAGGACGUUCUGGUGGACACCCCCAUUGCCCUGGUGCAGGUGUCCGACAGAGACCAAGGCGAGAACGGCGUGGUCACCUGCACGGUGGUGGGCGACGUGCCCUUCCAGCUCAAGCCGGCCAGUGACAGCGAGGGCGACCAGAACAAGAAGAAGUACUUUCUGCACACCUCGGCCCCUCUGGACUAUGAGGCUACCCGCGAGUUCAACGUGGUCAUCGUGGCCGUGGACUCCGGCAGCCCCAGCCUCUCCAGCAACAACUCUCUGAUCGUCAAGGUGGGCGACACCAAUGACAACCCGCCAGUGUUCGGUCAGUCCGUGGUGGAGGUGUACUUCCCUGAAAACAACAUCCCAGGGGAGAGGGUAGCCACGGUGUUGGCGACAGACGCCGACAGUGGCAAGAACGCGGAAAUCGCCUAUUCGCUGGAUUCGUCUGUGCUGGGCACCUUUGCCAUCGAUCCGGACUCGGGGGACAUCCUGGUGAAUACGGUGCUGGACCGCGAGCAGACGGACAGGUAUGAGUUUAAAGUUAACGCCAAAGACAAAGGGCUCCCAGUGCUGCAGGGCAGUACCACGGUGAUCGUUCAGGUGGCCGACAAGAAUGACAAUGACCCCAAAUUUAUGCAGGACGUCUUUACCUUUUACGUGAAAGAAAACUUACAGCCCAACAGCCCCGUGGGGAUGGUGACGGUGAUGGAUGCUGACAAGGGGCGCAACGCCGAGAUGAGUCUGUACAUAGAGGAGAACAGUAACAUUUUCUCUAUUGAAAACGACACGGGGACCAUCUACUCCACCACUUCUUUUGACCGGGAGCAUCAGACCACAUACACGUUCAGGGUCAAGGCUGUGGACGGGGGUGAUCCUCCCAGGUCCGCCACCGCCACUGUGUCUCUUUUUGUGAUGGAUGAAAAUGACAAUGCCCCCACCAUCACCCUACCCAGAAACGUUUCUUACACCUUGCUGCCACCCUCCAGUGACGUGAGGACGGUGGUGGCCACAGUGCUGGCAGCAGACAGUGAUGAUGGCGUCAAUGCAGACUUGAACUACAGCAUUGUGGGAGGGAAUCCCUUCAAGCUGUUUGAAAUUGACUCUGCCAGUGGUGUGGUGUCUUUGGUGGGGAAACUGACUCAGAAGCACUAUGGCUUGCACAGGCUGGUGGUGCAGGUGAAUGACAGUGGGCAGCCUUCCCAGUCCACCACCACGCUCGUGCAUGUGUUUGUCAAUGAGAGUGUCUCCAAUGCUACUGUGAUUGACUCCCAGAUAGCCAGAAGUUUGCACACCCCUCUCACCCAGGAUAUAGCUGGGGACCCAAGCUAUGAGAUAAGCAAACAGAGACUCAGCAUUGUCAUCGGGGUGGUGGCUGGCAUUAUGACAGUGAUUCUGAUCAUCUUGAUUGUGGUGAUGGCAAGGUACUGCCGGUCCAAAAGUAAAAAUGGCUAUGAGGCCGGCAAGAAGGAUCACGAGGACUUUUUCACACCCCAACAGCAUGACAAAUCUAAAAAGCCUAAAAAGGACAAGAAAAACAAAAAAUCCAAGCAACCUCUCUAUAGCAGCAUCGUCACUGUAGAAGCUUCCAAACCCAAUGGACAAAGGUAUGACAGUGUCAAUGAGAAGCUGUCAGACAGCCCAAGCAUGGGGCGAUACCGGUCUGUCAAUGGGGGGCCUGGCAGUCCUGACCUGGCCAGGCAUUACAAAUCCAGUUCCCCAUUGCCUACUGUUCAGCUUCACCCCCAGUCACCAACUGCAGGGAAAAAACACCAGGCCGUACAAGAUUUACCACCAGCCAACACCUUUGUGGGAGCAGGAGACAACAUUUCCAUUGGAUCAGAUCACUGUUCUGAGUACAGCUGUCAAACCAAUAACAAGUACAGCAAACAGCCGUUUCGUAGAGUGACGUUUUCUGUUGUGAGUCAGCCUCAGGACCCACAUCAGGGCUCACUGCAGAGUUGCUAUGACAGCGGGCUGGAGGAGUCAGAAACACCAAGCAGUAAGAGUUCAUCAGGGCCAAGACUGGGUGCCCUUCCACUCCCAGAGGACAACUAUGAAAGGACCACGCCGGAUGGCAGUGUUGGUGAGGCAGAGCAUAUGGAAAAUGGCACCCAACUGGAGAGUGGUGUCAUUAAAUGGGAUUGGAUAUAUAUGGGAGGAGAUUCAAGGCCUCUUCCAGAUGUAGCCAUGACUGGGAAGUGCACUCGUGAAUGUGACGAGUACGGCCACUCAGACUCCUGCUGGAUGCCUGUCCGCACGUCCCCGGAGAGGAAGAAGAGCCAGCCCAAACUCUCCACUUUCAUGCCUGUUGAUGAACGAGGAAGCCAGGAGAAGCUGGCCAAUGGCGAGGCUGCUGUCAUGGGCGACCGCAACAGAAACCUCCUGAACAAAAAGUUGACCUCAUCCUAUGAGACCUUCAGUGCAGCUAGUUUCAGCAAAAAUGAGGAAGCCAAUCCUGAGGAUAUUCCCCUGACAAAAACAGGGGAAUAUAAGCCAUCUCCUGUCAACACUCUCACUAGAAGAGAAGUUUACCUGUAGGCUGUCAAGGAGCAAGAGCAAAGUUCUUUUCAUGUAUGAGAAGGAGAAUAUGGGGCAAAAAAAAACAAAAAAAUAAAUUAAAAAAACCUUACAAAGUAGAGUAACUAAGAGGGGGCUACCAAAGAGACGAAGCUUUGCCUGCCACUUCUGCCUCCAGAUCAGGCAUUUAAUGAUACUGUUAGCCUGAUGCUAAUGUACAAUGUAGAAACCAUCCCGGUAUUUGCAUGUCUGCCCCCUUCACUGAACCCCAAUACCCACUCUCUUUUCCCCACACCCUUCCAAGAAAAAAAAAAAAGGACAGUUGCAAGUUUCUUUCAUGGUAACAAGCCUGAUGAGCAGAACACAACACACUCUCAUGGUUCCUAAGCUGAAGCAUGACUAUAGUGUCUUUGAUUUUGUUUGAGUGUCAUCCGGCCGGCUUAAAAACCAGGGCAGGAAAAUAUAUUUCAAACAUAUUAUCAUCAGAAUAUGAUUUCCCAUCAUUCAAGGCAACCCUUUGAAAAAUGACAGAGUCCCUUUAAAAGUAUGCCCUUGUCAGAGGGGACUUUAUUAAAAAAGCAAAUCAUUUUCAGAAGAUCACAGCUUUAAUAGUCUAACAAAGACUGAAAGCGAAACAUACUCACAGGGAGAUGGCAAUCCCAAAAUGGAAUACAUUGUUAUUUUCAGGUCAAGAGCAUCAAUUUCAAUUACAUACAUUCACGGAAUAUUGUUAGAAUAUACACAAUCUUGAUUACAUAUAUCAGUUAUACUAAUUACGACUUUUAAAAAUUACAUUCUUUUUUUCAGAACAGGACCAUUAUUAUCAACUAACUUGAACCAUUGUGUCAUUAAGAGGCCAAAGAUCACACGGCAGAUCAGGGAAAUCAUGAAGUUGAUUUGGUCUUGAUGUGGAAAUCUAUUAAACAAAGGCUACUGAACCAUACACACACAGAAAGUCAAAUACUGGUUUGUUUUAUAUUGUCUCUAUGCUCAGAGAACAUGCUUCUCCUUUUAAGAUGCAUUUAUUUGAGGUCUCAGAAAAGAAAUAUUCAAUAAGACAUAUUUUUGCUACUGAAAUAGGCAUUUGGUUGAUGUUCAGGUUUAGUUUCAGACAAAAUGAUCAGGGAAGGUUCUACUUUUUUAAAGCAGUAUUUAUGGGUAUUCAGGUAGGAACAGAAAGCUGAAUCGCUACACACUCUUAUUAGCUGAUUUCACCGUUACCAUUUUAAAAUCUGGACAAUGAAUGCUGAUCUUAAUAUCCACAUUUCAAAUUGCAAUUACAUUUUUCACUUGCUUAGUGCACACUUCCAUGCAACACAAGUGCAUUAAUUUUAAAAUGUGUGCAAUAUAGAACUAUUUUGAUACAGAAUUGAAACAAUGCCACAUCUUAGUCGACACUGUCACUGUUGUGAUUUGAGCAUUAUUUAACAUAUAGGUCUUCAAUAAAUCCAGACUGAGCAUGAAAGAAAUUAAUUCUGGGCAGUGAACUUUCUCACAGAAUAUACAUCUCAGAGUUGGAAGACAUUGUUUGCUUAUUUGUUUGUUUGUUUUCAGUGCAAUAAGUAGAAACUGAAUAUGCAGAAAUAGAGCCGCAUGCUCUACAGAAGAUGAUUAAUACAGCUGAAAAUGGAGCUGGGACAUUCAGAUGAAAGUGACAAUCCAUGGACAGAGUAGGGGAUAACAGGCUAAGAGAACUGAUGUUGUAGUCCCUGAAUGAUUGUGAACUGGUUAUGGCAUGGCCUCGAUGGCUCUCUAGCAAACUGUAGAAACAAUGUAGCGUUGGGUAGUUUCAUGCGUUACAAAAUUUCUUAGACUAUAAGGUAAAGCAGCCUGGACUGUGGGUUGACAACUCACUGUUCAUCAUCAAAAUACUUAUCUUUGACAACCACUUCUGUCUUUAGUGGGGUACUCUUUUGGGGUUAUUUCUUUACGCUCUUUCUUAAAUCGAAUUUUCAUUUUGAUGUUAGUUCAUGUAUAAUAAGUAGAGUGAAAACAGAUAUGUAACUGAAACAAGAACAUUGGACUAAAAUAUCAAUAAUUGAACAUGUUUAUGUUUGAUUAUUAUUUACACUAUGAAAAGAUGAAAUUUAGUGCUUUGUUAGGAAACUACGUUGAAGCAGUUCUGCCUUGUAUAAUCUGUAAGUACCUAAUAAGACAAAACACUUCUAAAGAUACUUAUGAAAUGUAUACAUAUUUUUCUUGCACGUUACAAAGGAAAUAAUUGCAUAACACAGAUAUUCAGCACAUUUUUAAUGCUUUUUUCUUUCUUUUCUGAAACACUUAAAAGCACUAGAUAGCUCAUUCCAUUCUGUCUUAAAAUCCUUCUGUUGUCUAUGAAGCUAAUACGGGUCAUAUUGGACCUUUGGAUUAAUGGAUCCAUGUUCCCCAAUGACAUUUGCACCAUAUUCAAGACAGCAACGCCACUCUCAUUUAACUCGUGGACCUCUCUUUAGAACUAAAGUGGGUGUGACAGAAUAAAAUUCAGUGUACUGUAAGUAUUUGCAGUAAUUCUAGUAGAAUUAGCUAUCAUAACAUGUUUAUUAUAUAAUGAGCUGGCAUGACACAGAAAUAUAUUUUGUGUUUGUAUGACUUUUAUUUUGAAUAGGUUGAAUCUGGUGCCACUCCAUAUAAAGAGUGCUUUUGAAAAAAAAAUCAGUAAAAAAUAAAAAAAAACAAAAAAAAUAAAUGAGUGAAUGCAAAACAAGCAACUGUGCCUUUUAUACCUGUUGUUAAUGGUAAAAAAAAAAUGUUGAUGGGUUUGGAUAAAGAGGGGAGAUGGGUUAUUCCCAACUUUUUUGAUCCUGUAUAUUUAUCCAUGUUUAUUUUCUGAAAAUAAUAAAUAAUAUAUUACAAAUUUGCCUUCAGAUAAACUCAGAUAAUGGACCAGUCUUAACUAUUGCUCAUUCACAAAAGAAAUAAAACAUUAAUAUGGGCUGCUUAAAGCCGACUAAAAGUUGAAAGUUUUUGUUUUAGGAAUAACACUGAGAGAUACUAUCGGGGUAAAAUCAAUCCAUUUUUCAAGGUAAAAUAUUGAUUUGAAUCUUGUCUUUAUUAGUUUUUGUUUCAUUUCUUUCAGUUGCUGUGUCAUUAUUUUUACGUUAUAUAUACCAUACUUAUUUUCUGUACACAAAAUCACAAGUGAACUGCAUGCAUUAUACAUUAAGACACAUUUGUAAAUUAAGGGAUAACUAUAUAAAUUUGUGUGUAUUAAAACAUCUAUAGCUUCAGUCUAAAAAUCUGCUGCUCAUUCUGAAGUUCCAAAUCUCAUUUCUGUAUGGUUUCCGACUGGCCUGCUGCCUGAGUUCCAGAAAACAAGAGAGGCAUUAUCUUCAUGGGAGCAAGAACUGAGAUAGAACUAAGGAUGUCUGCCCGAAAGGCUACCCUGGGAAGCUGUGUUAAAGGGAGAGAAAAAUCAAAGACACAGACACAACAAACUGCCAAGAAUCCAACAGCCAUCGUGUCUGACGGACCGUCAGAUUCACGAGGAAUCUGAGAGCUAAAUCAUUUUAGGCAUACCGCACAAGUGAUAAGUAAACAAAGCAUCUUGAAUUAAAAAAAAGUGAUCAUGAAUAUAGAACAUCUAUUGUGAGGUUGACACAGGCAGAGUUAUAGAGGACGUAUGGAGGAAGGCAUCGUGUUUUUUUUUUUUUCAGCUACCAGGGUUUUCUUUCAGGGGACAUUUGCUCCAUUCUAAAGCACUUGCAUUCAGUGUGGUACGAUCUGUUUGUAAUGUUAAUCAUAGACUAUUGUUCUGCUACUUGGAUGUUGAUAGUGAAGCAGAGAACAAUUUAUCAUCGUUUAUUAUGAGUCACUAUGCACGCAACUAUGCUAAACAUGGCGAAAUGUAUUAAACACUCGUCCAACUAUUUAUGAAAUACUUUACAUAAUUUAAUUUGCUUUUGUACAGUUUUAUGUAAAUAAAUUGCUUGUCAUUUUGUCUCUGCAAAUUAAACUAUAACAUGGUCAAAUGGUUUCACACUU